AGCAGGACGGCCAUACUGUGGGUGGCGGCAUGCGCAUGCGUACCGCAGCACCCGGCAACCCUGUUCAAGAGAGGGAAGAAGCAAGUGGGCACGCGCGGGUGCAGAACAGCAGACUGGCAGAAGUAAAUAUGAGGCGAUCAGCAGCUCCAAGUCAACGUCUAGGGAAUUCAGCUAAAAAGCCAAGGUUUAUACCCCCAGGAAAAAAUAACACCAUCUGUCUGAAGAAAGAAAAUGAACAGCUGGUCCCAGAAAUUAAGUCGACUGAGGUAGAAGAGAAACAGCAGAGCGGCUCUGGGCAUACAAGAGCUCUUUCUAGAAUAUGUGGUAUAAAUAUAAAUUCUACACAGGCUGUGGAAUCUCUUGGAGAAAUAAGCUCCAUGGAAAAGUGUAAUGGAGAAAAUGAGUGUGAGGCUGCUGGAAUGAAAAAAGUAAAUAGAACUAAAGCAGGUGAAGCCAUAGUACUGUCUGUAAGAGCUAUUGCUGAGUUGGAGAAAAGAAGAGAGGAUAUGACAGACAGGUUUGUUGACCCAGUGCAUGUACCAACACCAGAAAUAGCAAGACACAAGAAAGUGGAAGACGAACCUGACUGCCUUGCAAAAUACUUCAGUGUUGUGUGGUGUAAAGCUUCAAAGAAAAAACACAAGAAGUGGGAAGGUGAUGCUGUUCUUAUUGCAAAAGGAAAGUCUGUGAUACUGAAAGAUAUGGAAGGCAAAGACAUUGGAAGAGGUACUGGAUAUAAAUCUAAAGACCUUGAAAGUCUUGAUGAAGGUCAAACGCUGAUGAUUGGAGGAAAAGAAAUUGAAGUGAUGGGUAUAAUUUCAGCAGAGGACUUUAAUAGUGGCAAAUGUUUUCAGACUGGUGUUGGGACGUCCACCACAGUCCCAAUUGCUUCUUCACAAAGUACCCUGAAACCAUUCUGUAGCCCAUUCAAAAAUGUCUGCAAGCCAAGCACUAAAGAAAAUCUAUUUAAAGAGUCUCAGAACUACAAACCUCGCCAUGAUCCAAAUGCAUCAAAUUCUUUAGUUAUGCCACGUCCAACUCCAGAUCACCAGCGGAUGUUCAAUAAGGCUGGUUUACCUGUGGUAGAUGUAGUUGUGGAUCCUUACCUUGUAAAUCAUCUUCGCCCACAUCAGAAAGAAGGAAUUGUAUUCCUGUAUGAGUGUGUGAUGGGAAUGAGACUAAGUGGCAGAUUUGGAGCUAUUCUUGCUGAUGAAAUGGGCUUAGGAAAAACAUUGCAAUGCAUUUCGCUUGUCUGGACUCUCCUACGUCAGGGGCUGUAUGGAUGCAAACCUAUAAUAAAGCAGGCACUGAUUGUCACCCCUGGGAGUCUGGUGAAGAACUGGAAAAAAGAAUUUCAGAAAUGGCUGGGAAGUGAAAGAAUCAAAGUGUUUACAGUUGAUCAGGAUAACAAAGUAGAAGAAUUCAUCAAUUCCCCACUUCAUUCAGUUCUGAUAAUCAGUUAUGAGAUGUUGCUGCGCACCGUGGACCAAAUUCAGACUAUAGAAUUUAACCUCCUAAUCUGCGAUGAGGGGCAUCGUUUGAAAAACAGCUCCAUUAAGACAACUACAGCCCUCGUCAGUCUGUCCUGUGAGAGAAGAAUUAUCCUGUCUGGCACUCCAAUUCAAAAUGACCUGCAAGAAUUUUAUGCAUUAAUAGAGUUUGUAAAUCCAGGAAUACUUGGUUCUUUGUCCACAUACAGAAAAAUAUAUGAGGAGCCUAUUAUUCAGUCCCGAGAGCCUUCAGCGACAAAGGAAGAAAAGGAGUUAGGAGAGAAAAGAGCAGCAGAACUCACUCGCCUAACUGGACUGUUUAUUCUUAGAAGAACACAAGAGAUCAUAAACAAAUUUCUCCCACCGAAAAAGGAGAGCAUACUUUUCUGCCGACCAACAGCCUUGCAGCUUGAACUCUAUAGAAAACUACUUAGUUCUCGAGUCAUUAGAUCCUGCCUACAAGGAGUACUAGAAAACAGUCCUCAUCUGAUAUGUAUAGGAGCUUUGAAAAAACUCUGCAACCAUCCCUGUCUUCUGUUUAAAGCCAUAAAGGAAAAACAAUGUAAUCCAACUUGUGAUGAAUCUGAGGAAUCCAAUCUUUAUGAAGGUUUAAGAGAGAUUUUCCCACAAGAUUAUACCUCCACCACUUUCACUGAAACUGACUCAGGAAAAUUACAGGUCCUGGCAAAGCUGUUGGCAGCAAUCCGUGAACUCAGCCCUUCUGAAAGAAUUGUGUUGGUAUCUAAUUAUACACAGACACUGAAUAUUUUGCAAGAGAUGUGCAAACAUUAUGGAUACUCUUAUACAAGACUUGAUGGACACACUCCUAUCUCCCAGAGGCAACAGAUUGUGGAUAGUUUUAAUAAUAAAUUCUGUUCAGCGUUUAUCUUUUUGCUGAGUUCGAAGGCUGGCGGUGUAGGUCUGAACCUUGUUGGAGCAUCUCGUUUAAUUCUGUAUGAUAUUGACUGGAAUCCAGCCACAGAUAUUCAGGCAAUGGCCAGGGUAUGGAGAGAUGGUCAGAAACACACUGUGCAUAUUUACAGACUGCUAACUACAGGCUCAAUAGAAGAAAAGAUCUAUCAGAGACAGAUCAGCAAGCAGGGCCUUUCUGGGGCAGUCGUAGACCUUUCCAAGACAUCUGAACAUAUCCGUUUUUCCAUUGAGGAACUUAAAAAUCUCUUUAUACUACAUGAAGAUUCCAGCUGUGUUACCCAUGACCUGCUUGAGUGCAACUGUAUGGGAAAGAGAGACCAUCAAAAUCCACAGGACCCUUUCAUCAGCUGAUGAUGAGAAAAGAUUCAUUCCUUGAACUAAUGACCUCUACUUUUAACAGCCUCUUAAAUCCUUAAACCAAUCAAGGCAAAUUGGACUAGUGACAAUGGUUAUAAUCAGGCAAGAUUAUUUAUGAAACUCAGAGAAAGAAAGUAUCAAAAGCAAGAAUGAUUAGAUGAUACAAACAAGGGAAUAGAUUAUCAAUUGGUGUAAAUCACUGUAGCACUAUUGAUUUGACUGGGACUGUACCAGCUUACAUCAGUUGAGGAUCUGGCCAAAGGUGUAAUAGUGCCCAAAAUACAGACAACCAUUUGUGGCAAGGUUAUUAUCUAAAAUUGGAAGAGAGUGAUUAGAACAGUCAGCAGAAGGGUGCAAAAACAGACCCCUAGCUUCUGCCUGUCCUAUGCCAAAGAUAAUAGUAGUUCCACCUCCACUAGUGUUCCUAAUACCUCCCUUUCCUCUCUUUCUGUGUAGUGUGGUGUUUAUUUAUUUAUUUAUUUAUUUUGCAUAUAGUUGAUUUAGAUUAGGGAUAGGAUUUUUUGUUUUCAUAUGUUUUUUUAAAUGUCUUAAUCUUGUUUUCAUUAGGAUAGCUCUCCAUCAGGUCUAACCUUUAUGACAGACCUAGCACCUAAGAAACAGGGCAUCGAUUGCCCCAAUAAGUUCCCUUCUUCUGAUGGGCAUGAGACGCUCAUCUAUAAUAGCGCUACUAGUGUGACAAUGGUGCAAAUGCUGAUCUCUUCUAAAUAAACACACUCUGCUAUCAUAGUAAUGACACCCAAAGAAAUAUCUACAACAUUUUAAAAUUGCAUUUUAACAGUACUAAGUAAAAAUGCAGUUGGUGAGACUUAUUCUUCUAAAAUCCUCCUAAGCCUGCCAUCUAAGUGCAUGUCUUCUUACCAGCAGAUGCAAACAGGAAAUUAAGCAAUAAAAAAGGGGUUGACCCUGAUUGGUUGUUUACAUGUUUCCAGCAGAUAGACUAGAGUUUUGCUCAUUUCGCCUCGCCUCCCCUUCUCACCUAAAGUCUGGCAGGGUUUGUAUAGUUCAGGUAGGGUGCUUUUAUAGUGAGGAGUUUUUUUGUUUUUCACUUUACUUUUGGUUAAAGCACUCUGACAAGCAAUCCACUGAUUUCAUUGUCUUUGUGAUCUUUUCAUGGCUGAAAAGCUGGGGAUUCAGUUCCUGGGGGGAAAUGGAGCUCAUGUGAGCUGGUAAAAUAUACCUAGUGGAUCCAGCUCUGUUUUCUAUGGGCACUUGCGCAGGGCCUGUUUUUUACCUAGUGUCCUGAUAGUGACUUGAUCAAGAGCUACAGUUACAGGAGUAUUAUAGACCUUCCCAGAGGGAAAAAAUUUGCACACACACCCUGAUUUUGUCCAAGAAGUUAUGGAGAUGUCAGAGAGUGCAAGUUGUUUGCAUUAUGCUUCUCAUAUAGAGUUCUGCCAGUUUUUUCCCAUACCAAAGGUAAGCAUAUAAGCAGCCACACACUUAGAUAGAAUAAGAUGCAAGAGCCAAAAAAUACCGUUACAGAAAUACUAAAGGUGGAUGCUGGGCUGAGGUUACUGGGAUGGGUGGGUGUAGGGGUUCAUGAGCCAUGGGGUGUGUCAGGCUGGUGGGAACGGGUGCCUGGGAGAGGAAGAGGAGGGGCAGGCUGGUGUGGGGGUGGGGGAUGCCUGGAAGAGGAAGGGCAAGAUCGUGGGGGGUGCCUGGAGGGGAAGAGGAGAGGCAGGCUGGUGGUUGGAGGAUAGGAUUGCCAGGUGUCCAAUUUUUUACCAGAACGCCUAGUCGAAAAGGAACUUUGGCAGCUCUGGUCAGCACUGCCGACCAGGCCAUUAAAAAUCCAGUUAGCGGUGCAGG